UUCAACCAGAAUUUAAGCAAGGGCAUCAUAGCUCCUCUAGUUCCCAUCAAAGAGAAUCUGCUACAGCAUCACACCUUGAUAUCCUAAUCAAAAUAAUGGAGGAGAAUCCAUGGGGCAAUUGGUCUUAUGAUUUGGAAAUGGAAGAACAUUUGUGUCACACAAACAACACAUUUGACGAAGAGUUCCUCAGAGAUAUCCUGUAUCAGAUUCCACAAGAUCAAUUCAAUGUUCCUAUUGCCACAACUGACCUAGUAAACAACUCAUCCAUCAAUGUGUCACAACAUGCUGAAGAAAUGCCAACCAACUCAUUAUCAAUACCAACAACUGAACAACAUCAUGAUUCUUUGCCUUUGUCAUCAUCAACAGCUAACCAAGGGUCGAAUUCGAAGAAGCCUCGAAACACUUCGGAUACACUAGAUCACAUAAUGUCAGAGAGAAAUAGGAGACAACUACUUACAAGUAAGAUCAUAGAACUUUCGGCCUUGAUACCUGGAUUGAAGAAGAUUGAUAAGGUUCAUGUGGUAACGGAAGCUAUCAAUUACAUGAAACAACUUGAAGAACGUUUGAAAGAGCUAGAAGAAGACAUUAAGAAGAAAGAUGCAGGAUCAUUGAGCACCAUAACAAGAUCUCGUGUUUUAAUUGACAAAGACAUUGCAAUCGGUGAAAUGAACACUGAAGAAUGUUACGGGAGAAAUGAAUCACUUCUAGAGGUUGAAGCUAGGAUUCUAGAGAAGGAAGUUUUAAUCAAGAUUUAUUGUGGAAUGCAAGAAGGGAUUGUGGUCAAUAUAAUGUCCCAGCUUCAACUUCUUCAUCUGUCCAUAACAAGUAUCAAUGUCUUGCCAUUUGGAAAUACUCUUGACAUCACCAUUAUUGCCAAGAUGGGUGACAAAUACAACUUGACAAUAAAGGACCUAGUGAAAAAACUAAGAGUAGUGGCUACGUUGCAGGUAUCUCAUAAUGUGCAAUUUCAUAUCUAAAUGUACAUUUAAGAAGACCAUUUAAAAAGAACAAUUUCAAAUCUAAAUGAUAUAAAACUAGUAUGAAUAUCCGUGCUAAGUACGGGUUAAAAUUUCGUCAUAUUUAAAAGAAAGAGAAAGUUGUGAUGUAUCAAGUGUCGGUUACAAUCCAACAUUUAAUAGAAGAGUUAAAAAUAUUGAGAGAAUGAUUGAUUGAGAAAUGUAUAUAGAUUCACUUGGAUUAGAAAAACUCUUUAUAUAUCUCUCACUCUCUCUCUCUUUGGUUUUCCGGUCUCUUUAAGGUGUCAUUUUGCUUUUCUGUCUUAUUACGAUGUUUAUUCGGUUCAGAUUGUCGGAUUAGCUUCGGUUCAGUACAAGUUCAAUCAAUAAUUUUGGUGAUGUCAACGUUAAAGAUCCGAAUGCAUGAGUAUUCUGGAUAGUUCAAUAUAGUUAUAUUUGUAGGCUUGUAUAUUUUGCUGGUUUAUGCUAUUAACAUAAAUGUUGUAAGUUUGUUUACAU